UGUUUUGUUUACUUUCGGUCACUUUCUUCUACCAGUACAGCUGAUCGAUCGAUCGAAUCCUUCGCAGAAAAAGUUUUCAGACAGAAAUCAUCAGAAUUUUAGCAGAAACUAGCAGUUAUGAAUUCCGAAAUGAGCAGCAGUAUGCAUUCUGGUAGACCGGAGAGUGAGUUCAGUAUCGAGUGUUUCCAAAACUACACCGCACCGGAAGUAUUCGUGCAAGGAUUGGCCGGAUUGGUCAAUCAAACCGACGUCGAAGUGAUGAUCCGGGCACAGAAGCAAAUGUUGCAGAGAUUCGAAAAAACUAACGAAAUGUUGCUCAAUUGCAAUGCCCUGAGUCAAAGCCGCUUGAAGAUUGCGAGCGAUGACUUCAAGAAGCACACCAAACUGCUCAACGAGAUGAAAAAGGAUUUGGAUUAUAUAUUCAAGAAAAUCCGGAACAUUAAAUCGAAGCUCAGCAAUCAGUACCCAGGGCCGUUUGCCGAAGCGGAAGCGAAGAAUAAACCGAUAAGCUUCGAUGAGGAGGAUGAAAUUGAUACGGCCAGCAGGGCGGAAACUCUAGACGAGGGAAACCCAUCGCGGACGGCCACUCCAGUGAAGCAGCAAGCCUCGGUCGAAAGCGUCAAGCAGCUGCAGAAACAGACAUCGCAGAAGGAGAAAAAGAAACCCAGUGGAACGACUGCACAGUUGGGUGAAGAAACUACCACCGUCAGCUACAUGAAGAUGGAACAGAGCCCGGAGAAUCGCAAGUCAGGCAAGACCAGCCCAAUCGAUCCGAAGCGGAACUCGUUGCUCUCGACGCACAGCAGCUCAACGGAUAAUUCGAACGAUUCGUCCGAGUGCACGUCGGAUACCGGUUAGAUGAUUCGAAAUUGCUCGUCAUUAUAAUGUAGUGGCACAGACGAACAGACGCCACGCCCUAAUAACAGUUAGUGUACUUCUUUUGAACGGUUUAUCCGUAUUCACGUUUGA